AGGAGGAGGAGGAGGAGGAGUCCUCAAUAGGAGGGAGAGGGGCUGGAGGAGGAUGAGCGAGAGUCAGCAACAGAGGCAGACAGCGCACAGGGCUCUCUGAGGCUUCGGUGUGGGAGUAUGUGCAUCUCAACACACUGGGAGUGUCGUUCCUGAUCCGUGCAGAGCGUUGUGGAUGCCGUCCGCCCAUCAUCACCGGCCCGACUAGCAAAAAUGUCUGAUUUCGAGGAUUUCAGCAAGCCGGGGGGGCAGGCGAACGUGUCCGAGACCUACCAGCUGAACGCCACCAGCGUGAUCGUGUCGGUGGUCUUCUCCCUCAUCUUCCUGCUGGGCACCGUCGGCAACAGCCUGGUGCUGGCCGUGCUGCUGCGGAGCGGCCAGGUCGGCUACAACACCACCAACCUCUUCAUCCUCAACCUGAGCGUGGCCGACUUCUUCUUCAUCAUCUUCUGCGUCCCUUUCCAAGCCACCAUCUACUCCCUGGAGGGCUGGGUGUUCGGCUCCUUCAUGUGCAAGGUGGUGCACUUCUUCAUCAACCUCACCAUGUACGCCAGCAGCUUCACGCUCGCCGCCGUCUCUGUGGACAGGUACCUGGCCAUUCGCUACCCACUCCGCUCCAGAGAACUGCGAACCCCUUGUAACGCGGUGGUUGCCAUGGUGAUCAUCUGGGGUCUCUCGCUGGUCUUUGCCGGUCCGUACCUCAGCUACUACGACCUGAUCGACUUCGCCAACAGCACCGUGUGCAUCCCGGGCUGGGAGGAGCAGAACCGCAAGGUGCUGGACACGUGCACCUUCCUGGUUGGCUACGUCAUCCCCGUGCUCAUCGUGAGCCUCUCGUACACCCGGACCAUCAAGUACCUGUGGACGGCCGUCGACCCUCUGGACGGCAUGUCCGAGUCCAAGAGGGCCAAACGCAAAGUCACCAAAAUGAUCAUCAUUGUCACCGUGCUCUUCUGCAUAUGCUGGCUGCCGUACCACGUGGUGAUCCUGUGCUACCUCUACGGGGACUUCCCCUUCAAUCAGACCACGUACGCCUUCAGGCUCCUCUCUCACUGCAUGGCCUACGCCAACUCCUGCGUCAACCCCAUCGUGUACGCUCUGGUGUCCAAGCACUUUCGCAAAGGGUUCAAGAAGGUGUUCAGCUGCAUCCUCAGCAAAAACGGGAGGAAUAAGGUCCACGUGGUGCACGUGGCCAACACCGUGCCCGGGUUCGAGGCGGGCUCCACGGAGGUGUCGCAGAUGCACGAGGAGAACAUACGACAGAAUGAAUGUGAGAUGAUAAACCGGCCGAUCGCGGAGCCAAGGGAGGCCACGGUGUCACUGAAUCUGCCCUUUCAGCGGCAGACUUGACGAGUGACUCAUCUCCGCUUACAGGCUCAGCACAGAUUGCCUUUUGUAGAACAAUCACAUUGUAGCUAAGAUUUUCAGAGAAAUGUGUAAAAUCCACAAUAUUCUGAAGUUUGGUGGCAAACAGGGGAACAGAUAAUCAAAGGAUGCAGGCACAAACAUAGUUUCACACAUAUUUGUAUUCUUUAAUACCAUGAACAGAUCAGAAAGAACGUUUUUACCAAAGACAUAAAGAAAGAUGGACGAGUCUGUAAAUAAGCAUUUUAUAAUUAAAAUCAAACAGAACAGAAACAUCAGAUCUUGUGAUACUUAUAAUGACAGAAACUGGGGAAAACGUAUUUGUUGUAUUCUCUUAAUCUAUCAUACCUUUGACUUUUUAGUUUGGUCUAUGUCCCAUCUGCUAACAUGGGCAUGCAAGGUUUAUGAUCUAUACUGAAGCCAGCCACCAGGGGGCCACCAGAUGAUUUGGCUUAACUUUUGGGCGGCUGUCAUGUCGUCCAUCUUUCUCUACAGUCCAUGUUUUUUUACUAAGAGGGAAAGUUACUCAGUAUUUCAUCCGUCAACCAUUUGCCUUAACCAUGAUUUGCACUCUGGUUUUUAUUUACAGCUCUUGUUCAGAGCAACACAAAAUGUAUCUCAUAGUGUUUUCCACCUUCACUUAGCGAGAGGUUGGUAAAUGUGCAGGGAACUCCAUCCAAUCAGCACCAUCCGCUGUUGGUUUGACACUGGCGAGGGUGUGAUGCAGGUUUGGGGGGGGGGGGGGGCGGGGGGCGUCACCUCCACACUGCGCUAUCUCCGACAACAUGUUCACUUUCAUGAUCUGCUGCAACUGAAAUUUCGACAUCUCUAACCUUCUCUGUUACUGAAGUUGUAUAUUUGUUCUCUUUACGUGGAGCAGGAUUUUAUUAAGUGUUUCUGUUUCACAUCGUGCAUGCAGAUGCUGCUCGGCCUUGUCCAGAUAUUACUCGUAUCUUUGAAUUAUGUAUGUUUUAACUUAUAUCUGGUUUACAGACAUCAUAUAAGAUAACAUUUUAAAUAUAUUCUAGCAUAUAUAAAAUGUCUGAGUUUGUUAUCAAUACAUUCUGUUCUGUAAAGAAUCAAGUGUCAAAAGGGAUGCGAUUGGUUAAAAAAAAGAUACAAAGAAAGGUUUAUAUAUUUGAUAAAUAAUAUGAAUUCAAAGUUAUUGGUGGAAAACUCAAGUAGUUUUCAGACCCUACUUGAGAACUGAGGGAUUUCCUUGCUUAACUUGCAUUUUGCAAUGACUGCAUUCAUGGCAUGUUCCUCUUCAAAGUAAAUUAUUAUAUAUUUAAAUAAACAUGUCUAUCAAUGAGUUCACUGGUGCAUUAAAGAGGUGUGUAUUUUAAAACGUGUGUAUUUAAUGUAUUUAAAAGCUGUGAAAUCACAUUGUUUACACUCUCUCUCUCUCUCUCUCUCUCUCUCUCUCUCUCUCUCUCUCUCUCUCUCUCUGUAUAUGCUUGUGUCCUACCUCAGAGCUGUAA